UCCCACCCGCCCUCGCAUUCACUUCCCCCCACUACACUCACACUGAAGCCUCGGGACACCGGUACAGACGUACGGGCGGGACAGCAGCAGAGCAGAGGGAGUGAGGGGAGAGUAACGGGAGUGAGGGGGAGCUGAGAGUGAGGAGCAGGGAUACAGCGAGUAGAAUACAGAGAGGGGUGUGCUAUAACCCGGCCACUAUGAAUAGCAAAGGGAUAAACUACUAGAGAGUAGAGUCAGAGAGUAGAGAAUCCUCCAGACAUAGUAAGUACAGCUGGGACUAUAGAGACGGGUUACUGUUGAGGAUAGACAGGCACAGGGAAAGGACAGACCAUCUGAGCAGGGGGGGGGGUAUUACUGGACAAGGAGGAGAGGGCAGGUGGGACAUCACCUGGAUAAAGGAAUAUAUAUAAGGAGCACCAACCAAAGGCAACACUGAGUGGCCCAUCUCUAUUAGUCACACAAAGAAAAGUCUCCCAACUGCAGAGGAAACCAGUAGAGAAGUUCUGGCAUGGAUCAUCUCACAUUCUACUGCGCCCUGUUCCUACUGAUAUUCGGUUACAGCACCGCUGCAAAUGACAGUGAGGAAAUCAACGAGUGCAUAAUACAAAGUUACAGCACCGCUGCAAACAACAAUGAGGAAACCAACCAGAGCAUAAAGCAUGUGAAAGAAGAGAACUGCAUUUCUGUGCCUGGAUUUUAUUUACCAGAAUGUGAUGAUAUAAAUGAGUGUUGGGGGAACCCAAAGCUCUGUGGUGCUCAUACACAAUGCAACAACACUGUGGGAGGAUACAAGUGUGUGUGUGAGUCUGGCUUUCAGACAAAACUAAACAAAACAGAAUUCUGCCAUAAUGAAACAUAUAAUACAUGUGAAGAUAUAAAUGAGUGUGAUACAAACACCCACAAAUGUGGCGCUAACACAAAGUGUAAAAACACAAAGGGAGGCUACCUGUGCCUGUGUAAUCCUGGAUAUCUCAAGAAAAACAACACAGUUAAAUUCACCCCCACCGAUAAUAAGGAGGAUAAUAAAUGUGAAGAUAUAAAUGAGUGUGAUACAAACACCCACAAAUGUGGCGCUAACACAACGUGUAAAAACACAAAGGGAGGCUACGAGUGUCAGUGUGAGCCUGGAUAUCACACAAAAAACAACACAGUUAAAUUCACCCCCACCGAUAAUAAAUGUGAAGAUAUAAAUGAGUGUGAUACAAACACCCACAAAUGUGGCGCUAACACAACGUGUAAAAACACAAAGGGAGGCUACGAGUGUCAGUGUGAGCCUGGAUAUCACACAAAAAACAACACAGUUAAAUUCACCCCCACCGAUAAUAAAUGUGAAGUGAAAUGUAACGGAAGUGACAGUGGCAUGAAGUCCAGUGACUUGUUUCAGUGUUUCAUGGAUAAUUUAAUUUCUUCGUUGGCUCCAUCGUCUAACAAAGUAGACCAUUUCCAAAGGAUCCAGCAGCUUCUGGACGAGCUGAACGGUAUUAUCGACAGAAUCCCACGUCGAUCCAUACAGGAAAGACUGAGAGGUACUGGGAAGGUACUGAAACAAGUGGAACGCAUAGUCCGAAACUUGUCUCUUUCAUAUGGUGGAAAUAUCACAGCCAAGAGCAAGAACAACCGCACAGAACUUCUGACCCUGAGUGGCAGCCGGAAAAGCAAAUUGAUUUCUCUGCAGAGCAGACGGAGCCGUUUACAGGUGGAUCCACAAACAGCGGCGGCAGACAGCGGAGAUGAUUUCCCAUUUGUCGGUUUUCUGGAGUAUAAUUCUCUGGCUCCUUUACUGGAAGGAGCUGGGAUUGUUGGGGGAUCAAAUUCUAGUACCGUCCAUCUCAUCUCGCCGGUGAUCAGCACUUUCCUCAGCCGAGAAAACACCUCCAGUCUGAACAGCUCUAUCACUUUCCGACUGCAACAUACAGCAAUAAAUAUCACGAUUGACCCCAGCAAGACAACCUGUGCGUUCUGGUCACAGGAAGAUGUGGCCUGGAGUACCGCCGGGUGCAUCACAUUAGAGAGCUCCAAGCAAGAAACCAACUGCAGCUGUGUUCAUAUGACCAGCUUUGCCAUCUUGAUGGCUACAAAUAACGUUGAGGAGCUCGUGAAGAGUUGGCCUCUCACCCUCAUCACACGGAUCGGGCUAUCAAUCUCCAUCAUCUGCCUCAGCCUCUCCAUCAUCACGUUUAUCUUCUGUCGGUCUCUCCGAGGGACACGCAACACCAUCCACACACACCUGUGCAUCAGCCUCUUCCUGGGACACUGCAUCUUUUUGCUUGGGAUAACAGCCAAUCACAACCUGGUUGCCUGUAGUGUUGUCGCUGGGCUCUUACACGCAUUUUACCUCGCAUCCUUCUUCUGGAUGUCUCUGGAAGCAGUGGAGCUCUACCUAAUGUUGGUGAAGGUGUUUAACACUCAUCUCAAGAAAAGAUAUCUCCUGCUGAUUGGCUACGGAGUGCCACUUGCCAUCGUCACCAUCAGUGCAUCAGUGUAUCCUGGAGGAUAUGGGACCAAACUACACUGCUGGUUGUCACUUGAAAGGAAUUUUAUCUGGAGUUUCAUGGGACCAGUCUGCAUGAUUCUGCUUGUGAAUUCUGGGAUUUUUGUCCUUACCGUGUGGAAGCUGGCAGAGAAAAUGUCCCAAAUCAACCCAGAAAUGGAGAAAUAUAAGCGAAUCAGGUCUCUUACAGUCACUGCUGUGGCCCAGCUCUCUAUACUGGGGUGCUGCUGGGUGUUCGGCUUUCUGCAGUUUGGCUCCACCUCCCUCUUUUUCGCCUACGCUUUCUCCAUCCUCAACAUGUUGCAAGGUUUACAGAUCUUCAUAUUCCACUGCUUGAUGAAUAAAAAGGUACGGGCAGACUAUGCCAGGUGGUUGUGUGCAAUCGCUCAUUUCAAGGCUCCCAGCUACUCAGAGUUCAGCAGCAACAGCCAAACACAAACCAGGAACAAGAAUACGAACAAGGACUCCAGCCUCUAGAAGAGGUCUCCAAUAUGGCCGUUAUCUGCACUUACUUCACGUGUACCUACAACAGACUUUACUGUUGAACUGUUGCUUCUGCAAAAGCAUCCGACCCAGCAUCUAAAGGGUUCAAGUCUACGUGUUGCUUUGCAGGAGGUCCUUAUUGUACAUACGACCUACAGAUUUCUCACGUGAGAGCAAACAAAGCGGUGUAACAGGCUUCCCUGCAGUGGGAAAAACUGCCAUCAGCGGGAGCACCCAUCUGUCACAUGCAGCCCCCCGGACAACCUCUCACACAAAUGGAGAAAAAAAAAAAAUGUUGGGAAACGCUUCUCAUAAGAACAAGUUUUUUUAAUAAUAAAAAAAAAGUUUAAUCUUUUUUACCCUUCUUUACACAAAAACAAAAACAUUUAAUAAAAAACCCAAACAGUAAAACCAAAAACAUUUCAUUCCCUGCAUGGGUGCGCGGGCAGACGAAGGGAGCAGAAUGGAGGCCAGCGCCACGGUCAACUCGGGGGAGGAGGAGGCGGUUAUCGGCUCUGCUCAACUGGAGAAAGAGGAAAAAAUAGAAAAUUGCCGCAAUCAGUCGAUGGACAAAACCUUCUCUGGUAGAAGCAGUUGGACCACAUUCAGCAUUUUUAUUUUUUUGAGAGAGUUUAUUGUAGCCUCAAAGACUGGCAGUUUUAUAGCCCUAACCUGGGAAUCACUCGUCUGUUGUUCUUUGGCUUCAAUGUUAUUUUAAGCUUUAUGCCUCUCUAUUUUCUAAAAAUAAAAACUUUUGUUCAUUA